AAAUCGACUGAAACUAGUUUUCAGCGCAAAAACAUGAAGACGUUGCAACGAUUGAGUUGUGUUCUACUUUUUGUACUAUCCAUCGCCCAAGAAGAUGACUGGCAUCAUAGCACUGUCUUAGAUGGACAUGGGAGGUUUCACGUAUCGUGGACAACAUAUAGCUCUAAAGAUAAGACUGUCUGGAUAAAAUUCAAAGUUGAAGUUGAAGCGCACGGAUAUGUUGGACUUGGACUUUCCUCGAAUGGAGGUAUGCGUGGAAGUGAUAUCGUCACCGGUUGGAUAAAAGAUGGUAAAAAAUAUUUUCAGGAUCGUCAUGGAAUCGGUAGUACGUUUCCACCCUUGGACGACUCUCAAGACUGGAUUUUGACCUCAGCAAGUGAGAACGACACUCAUACGAUAUUCGAAUUCAGACGGGAACUUGACACUUGCGACGACGAUGACAUGAAAAUUGAUAAUAGUACUAUUCGUCUCAUAUAUGCGUAUUCUGAUAACGACCCACCCGGUGAAGAUCCAGAGUAUCACGACUACGACAAAAGAGGUUCGAAAAGCGUCCUGCUGUUGCAGCCUCAUCUACCACUCAAUGUUGACAAGACGGAACUUUUGCACUGGGAUAUUUUGUCACCAAACUUUGAAAUCACAGAUGAAUAUGCUUCUGUUUAUUGGUGCAAAAUCUACAAAAGCCCAGAGUUGGAUGCAAAACAUCACAUUGUUUUGGUAGAACCGUUAAUUGAACCAAGCAAUGAAGAGUUUGUUCACCAUGUGUUGGUUUACGAAUGCGUCGGAGGCACCUCGGAUGAGUUCGAGUCUCUCGUAAGCGAACCGGGACACAUAUGUUACCAUCCCAAUAUGCCUGAUUCGAUGAGGAAAUGCGACGGUGUGUUCCUGGCAUGGGGCGUUGGAGGCGGGGAUACUGUGCUUCCAGAACAUGUGGGAAUCCCUCUAGAACCCAGUCCUUCCUCUUAUUUCAUGUUGGAGAUUCAUUACGACAACCCACAAUUGAAAUCAGGCAUAAAAGACAGCUCCGGUUUAAGGUUAUACUACACUCCGAAACUACGGGAGUUCGAUGCUGGAGCACUGAUGUUGGGAACUACAGUAAACCAAAGGCUAAUUAUUCCACCUGGACAAAAAGAAUACACCAUUGCCGGACACAGCACCCCGGACUGUCUGUCAUCGGUGAUGCCAAAAAAGGGAAUUAAAGUUUUGGGCGUGUUUCUUCAUGCUCAUUUGUUGGGUCGCAGAUUGAAAGUAAGGCAUUUUCGAAAUAAUGUUGAAUUGGCUCCAUUAGCGGACGAUUCUAACUAUGACUUUAACUACCAGGCUUACCAUCAUUAUUCAAAGGAAAUAACCGUUUUGCCGGAUGAUCAAAUAACGGUGGAGUGUACUUACGAUUCUACAAAAAGGAAUGAAACGACUUUCGGUGGACUGAGCACCCAGGAAGAGAUGUGCCUGGCAUUCUUGCUUCAUUACCCUAAACUCAAGCGAUAUGGUUCAUUAAGCGCUCCGAGUGUAACCAGUUUAAACGAGAUUUUGAUCAAUCCUUUGAAGCAUCCAGAGUUAUCAAAGAAAGAUAUUCACGAUGGUGUCGUCAAAAUGGUUCUAACGAAUGAGGCUUGGAACCAGUUAGACGUUGUUGAGACAGGGGAAAAGUUACGAAACUCUACACAUUCUGUUUACUGCUAUUUUGGAAAUGGAAACAAACUUUCCGUUAAAGGCUAUAUUUCAUACCCAGAAAACCUGAAGCCAUAUAAAGUGCCGACGAGUUGCUCCGACCAAGAACUUCCACACCUCGAUGAACAUGUUGUAGUUGCAAGUGCAACAGAAAAGCUAUUGAAUCAUUUUCUUAUAUUUAUUUGCUUUUUGACGUAUUUCUCAUUUUCACUGUAGUGCGAUUUAAUAAAAUUCCUAACUUUUUUUUAAGUCUUUGAAUGUAAAGGGACUCGACAAUACAAUGUAUUUUAAGUUAUAGAGAAAUCAUAAUUAAUUAAUAACAAAAUGAAUAUGCAAGUGCAGUAUAACCUCGAUCAUCUGAAGCUCUUUUAACCCAAACCUCGUUUAACCGAAGACUGUUUUUUCGAGUGUCGGUUCUUUUUCGGUAAGUAAACAAGAAUAUCAAUUCAAGGUCACCAGAGGAAUUACUACCACUAUAAAUAAUUCUUGUUUUUAAA